CAUGUUUUGUGUUGGAAAAAAAUUUUGUGUCUUUUUUUUUUAUUUUGAAAUAAAAUUACAAAUUCACGAAAAGACUUUUUUGUAAAUUGUUGAACAAAAUUUUUAACAACAAUUUAUGGCGCAUCCAAAUCCAAAUUCAAAGUUUCUAACUAAAUUAAGUGCAAAACAUAAACCACCACCUCCUCAACCAAACAUAGACAAAAAACAAACUUUUUUCACAUACUGCAGUUCGAAAAAGGAAAGUACGGCUGAAAUGACGUCUUCGCAUAAGAACAGUUAUGAACAGUUUAAAAAAUACAACAGUCCUAAUGAGGAUUACGAAGAUUUUGGGGCUGAUGGACAAGGGCAGCUUUUGUCUAGCGAUAAUUUUGGUAAAACUAAGAGAAAUUUUAAAAAGCAGGAAAUAAGUGAAAAAUUGAAAGAUGAAUUACAAAAAUAUCGGAAUGAACUUAAAGAAUAUACCAAUAGUACAAAAGAUUUGCAAGAAAAGUACCUAAAGAUAAAUUCAGAAUUGAAUGAAAUGAAACAGAAACAUAUAAGACUUAUUAACAAGCGAAAUUUACCUUGUGGAGAUUUCGAGACCUAUUCAGAUAGCAGCAGUUCUACGGGUACCGUUUACUCUUUACGCCGGAAAUGUACUCAAAUAUUUAAACGCAGUAAAAGUUUUAUAUUAUUAAAUGAACAACCACUUAAACAAAUGCUGUACAAUUCCCACAAAGAGGAUGCGAAAAUAACUGAAACUAUGGAGCAAAAAGUUCAACAGAUAUUGGCAAAUAAAGAGAAUAUAAAACCAGUUUACGAUAAUGAUUUGCAAAAUGUUUAUAUGGCGCUCAAAACCGUUAUGGAUGAUCAGUCUAAAGCACAGCAAAGCUCUACUGAAAUCUUUUCGCUUAAAAAUACUAUAACCAAGCUACAAGAUGAUAGCGAACGUUUCUGUUCUAUUAUAGAAGAACAAAAAAAUACCUUAAGCGAUUAUCGCUCACGUUUCGCUCAAGCCCAACAGUUAGUACAACAGCAGCAGAUAGAAAUUGAGAAAUUAAAUUCCAAUAACCAGCAAUUAGAAGCGGAUGCUUCCAUAAUCAUAGAUCAGCUAAGAAAUAGAAUUGAAACCAAACUUCGGGAUGUGGAAUUUCUAACAGAUGUUAUGCGUGAGGAACAACUAAAAAAAGAACGUGCUAUCAAGGAAAAUUUGAAACUAAAUGAACGCUUAGAAGCCAUGCAGGCCGAAGCAAAUCAGCUAAAAAUUAAACUGGAAGAAAUGAGUCGACGUAAAAUGUCGACUAUAACACGUUUAAAAGUGGCCGAAAGAGAUUUAAAAAUAUUCAAAGACUACAAUACGGCCUUAAAGCAAGAAAAACGUAAACUUAACGAAAAAAUGAAAAUCAUGAGCGGACAAUUGGAGUCGUUACAGAAUGCCAGUAAGCGUACAAUGAAUCGUCAACGUGAACAUAAUGAAAAACAACGACGAGAAUUACAAAAGAGAAUUUACGAUCUUGAAAUGAAACUUAAUCGUAGUCAAAAUUCUACCUCAAGUUUAAUUCAAGAACGUGAUAGUCUUAUAGCAGAGCUACAGAGUCAACUCAAUAGUUUAGUGCAUAAUUUUGAGGUUUCCCAAAAGCAUAUACGGGUUUUGAGAAGACAUAUUUAUACAAUGUGUGGCAGCAAUUGUCGUCAGUCGAUCGUACGUAAUCGUGCUAUGGGAGAAUUGAUUUAAUAGUUUUAUUUUCUAUUUUCUUUACAUAAAUUUGUUGUAUAAAAUGUAAGGAUUCCUUUUUUUUUUUUUUUGUAAAGUUUUAUUUGCAUUUUAUUCAA